CAGUGCGCAGCCCCGCUGGAGACGUCAUGAGCGUCUUACUACCCAACAUGGCGGACUUUGAUACCAUUUAUGAGUUGGAAGACGAAGAGGAUGAGCACGUAGUGAGUGAGGAACACCUGCCCAGGUACUGUCCGGAGCCCGUGGUGCUGCGAGGGGCCGGGCACAUCACAGUAUUUGGACUGAGCAACAGAUUUGACACAGAAUUUCCCUCUGUUCUCACGGGAAAGGUAGCACCAGAAGAAUUCAAAACCAGCAUCAGCAGGCUGAACGCUUGUUUGAAGAAGAACUUGCCUGUGAAUGUGAAGUGGCUUCUUUGCGGCUGCCUGUGCUGCUGUUGUACAGUAGGCUGCAGUCUAUGGCCUGUUAUCUGCCUCAACAAGAGAACAAGACGGUCUAUUCAUAAAUUGUUAGAGUGGGAAAAUAAUCGAUUAUACCACAAGCUGGGGCUGCACUGGAAACUCAGUAAAAGAAAAUGUGAAAGCAGUAAUAUGAUGGAAUAUGUCAUUCUUAUAGAUUUCGUAGUGAAAUAUCCUAUAUUCCGACCGGACUGAGGAGGCUGUCUAAAGACUGGAAGUGUGGCCCUUGAAUCUUAUCCUUAGUGCCUUGUAUAUACAGUAUGUUGGAAUAAGGGUCUGCACCGUUGUCUCUCAUGGCGACCCAGUACAUCUCCCACCCUGUACAUUAGAAUUUGCAACACUGUCACUUUGCUUUAGAGCAGAUUUUUGCACAUUUUCCCGACAGAACUAGACAUGUCCCCUUUGUUGCACUCGGAUGUGUUUUUGUUACAUGUGACAAACAAGUGCAUUUACCCCAAAGAACCAUAAACGUAUCCCAUAACAGUAAUCCCUUGCAAAGAAUGUGAUGCCUCCACCUUCCUUAACUACCCUUGCCUUAUGUAUACUUUUAGAAAUAACUCUACAUGUAGGAGGAGGAAGGCACCGGGUAAUUCAAGAAGUCUGUAGAUUUACACACUGCUUGCUGGGUUUACUCUCUUUGAUGGGAUGGUUAAAAUUGCCUAACAUACAGUACGUCAUCUAACUGACCCUCUGUAGAUGGGAACUAGCUAGUAAAAUAACUUGACCUGUAAAUACCAUGUUAGGAUAAGCUGUACAGUGGUUUACCAUUGUUUACAUAAGUUACCUAGUUCUUUAGAUGUUUUGCCAAUAUAUUGCUGUACCAUAGUUUUAAUUAUUGAAAGAUGUCUAUGUACCUUUCUAGUUUAUAUGGACCUGUUUACCUUGUAAGCCAUAUAGUUACAAUGUACAUGAUGCCAGAGUUCGGACCAGUUAUUGCACUUGAGCUCAGUAGAAAGUCAGGAUUUCGGACGAUAAUGCAUCCUGAAGAUUCCUCCACAGCAGUGCAUGUCACCAGGUGGUGUUUGCCAAUAAAGAUGAUAUUUAAUC